AUGUCAGAUUCAAAUUCUCACAGACUAAAACUAUCCAUUGAUAUUCAUUCAAUUAAAGAACAUUCUUUUAGGGGCUUGAUCUACGCUCAUUAUUCUCAUUAUCCAUAAUUGGGAAUCAAAUAAUAAUUUAGAACUGCACCUGUCAUUGAAAUUACCAAACCUUUUGUUGAAAUCUCCUUUUAAAAUUCGUUUGCUUCCUACAUUUUCGAUACCAAUAAAGAAGAACUUUAAAAGCUAUUUGAAGAGACCUAUCUAUAGAUUGAAUUAUUUCAUUAAGACAGAUUAAAGAAAGAUUAGUUUAUUGGCAUAUCAUUCAUAAACUUAGCAGAGUUACUAAAAAGCCCAAUUCGAAAAAGCUCUAAGAGUUACGCUAGAGCAUUAGAUGCUUAUUAUCCUAUUGAUGAUAAUAAUGAUUAGGAUACUAAGAGAAUUGGAUUACUUAGAUGCAUUUGUUAUCUUGAAGAUUUAGGCCCUCUUGAUUAAUUAUAAUAGUAGGAAUAAACAGCUAUUGAAUAAAUAGUUGGGGAUCCUGCUUUGCCAAUAAUUAGUUAUCCAAAUUCGGAUGAUCCUGAAAAAUAAUAAGUUAUAUUGGAAUUACAUUCAUUAGAACACAAAGUUAUUUGGGAAUUGGACACUUGGAAAAAAAGUGAGGAAGCUAAAUUUAGAGUAUAAUUGAAAUAAAAGGAGUUUGAGUUGACAACCAAAUUAUAUUAAGAUUUUAAAAACAAAGAAUUGGAUCGGGAAAGACAACUCAAACAAGCCUUAACAUAAAUUUAAGUUAUAGAAAAUAAAAUUAAGAAUAAAGGAACUGAACUAUUGAAAAGAGAAUAAAAAAUUAUGUAGUUAGAAGAUGAAGUAAAAUCUAAAUUGUUGGAGACUGCUAAAAUAAUAAAAAUAAAAGACGAGGAAAUGGGUAUACUUAUUAAAAGACAGAAGGAUGAGAAACUGAAUUUGGAAAAAGAAAAAACUUUAUUAAGUCUUAAGCUAACUGAUGCUUAAGCAGCUAUUCAAAAACUUGAAGAGGAAAAUAAGAGUCUAAAAAAAGAAAUUGAAAAAUCACCUGUGGCGAUGGUAAAGGAAAAUUUAUAAGAAAAAAUUAUGGAAAUUACUGAAUUAAAAAAGGAGUUAGAUAGAACCAAUCAAAUUAAAGAAUAAUAUAAAUAAUAUUAUGAAAAAAUGAGAGAUGAACUGAUUAAAGAAAAGAAACAAACUUAAGAUAACAAUUCUUUAACAUAAAAUACAUUAUUAGAAUUAGAGAAAUUAAAACUUGAGUUAUUGGAAAUUAAGCAAAAAUAAUAACUAAAUUCACAAACGAAUUCUUAAAUGAAUAAAUAGCAUAAGGAAAUUCUUUAAUAUGAAUAAUAACAAUAGCAAUCUUAAUAGUAAUAGAUCAUCAACCCUCCAAAAGUCGAGUAAGAAUAUGGUAAUUAAUCUAAUAAUCCGUUUAAAAAUGGUUUAAUUGAUAAAUCAUCCUAAAAGCUUGGCUUUUCAAAAACUUCAAAAUCCUACAAAAAUUACCCAAAUUUAGAAAAUAAGUCUGAUCUCUAACGAUUGUUAUAAGAGAGAGAAUAUUUGAUUGAAAGUGGAGAAUACCAGGUUGACGAUCCAUUAAUAGAAGAACUUACAAAGUAAAUAUAAUAAUUGGGUGGCCAUUGA